CUCUAAUCGCCAAACGCCAUCCACCACUUGACGAUCGUGGCAUAACCAAACAGACCCUUAUUUGUUUACAUCUUCUUCUCAAGAGAGAUAUCCAUGGCAACUUCUGUCAUCAGUUCAAUAACAUUCUUCACAAUACUAAUAACAGCAAUCUCUCUCUCCGGCAACGCGAUCAAAUUCCAUGCAGACGCGCCGUCGUCAGAACCUGUAGCGCCGCCGAUGGAAGCGGGAGGUAUAAUAUCGGCGACGGCGUCACCGCCGGUUGUAAAAUCACCUAAGCCGGACACUUGUCUUAAGGCGCUGUUGAACAUGUCGAAUUGUCUUACGUAUGUAGAACAAGGAAGUCAAUUAAAGGUGCCGGAAAGUUUAUGCUGCCCGGAGCUCGCCGGAAUGUUGGAUAGCCGACCGUUAUGCAUUUGUAAACUCCUCGGAGAUGCUUAUUCUAGCUACGGUAUUCAGAUCGAUCUCCAAAAAGCUCUCAAUCUUCCAUCCGUUUGCAGACUUGACGCGCCACCUCCCAGCGCGUGCACUUAUGCUGGAUAUCCAAUAUUGAAUCUGCCACCAAGUGGAUCACCUAUAUCUAUUAUACCAGGUCAUGUGGCCCCAGAUGCAGCUGUAUUGCCUCCUACGAUGACAAGCGGCGCCGGCGCCGGUAGGGAACUAACAACUACUGCGACCACCAUAUUAAUUAUGGCCUACCUCAAUUUUUAGAUUGGAUUUAGGUUAUUUAAAUAAGUUAGAUUAUAUGUUAUUUUGAGGAGUUAUGAUUUUGAUUUUUUUAA